AUGGGUGGUCGGUCGCCCAUGGAAGGGGAGUUUCCUGGGGAAAAAGAAAAGUUCUGCAAGGUUAAUAUUCUUCUUCAUUCACCGGGCAUUUGGAACUGUAAUGAAGACAGAGGCUUCCUAGAUUACGCUUUACCACGCCUUCUAUUACAAAUGGCUGCAAUUUUCAUCAUCACUCAAUCUCUUCAUGUAUUGCUUAAGCGCAUUCACUUUCCUAGGAUUGUUCCUGAGUUUCUGGCUGGUGUGAUAUUAGGGCCAACUAUUCUGCCACGGAUCAACCUAAAUUUUGCUAAGGCACUUUUUCCACCGGAAGGAGAAGUUUUCCUCGACGGGUUAUCAAGAAUUGGCUACAUUUUCUUUAUGUUCCUGAUUGGAGUGAAGAUGGAGCCGAGCAUGGUGUGGAAAAGUGGAAAGAAAGCCUGGAUUAUAGGGCUUUCUUCAGUCGUACUUCCGACAAUUAUAGUCAUGGGCAUAUCUGAAGCAUUUGAUCAAGUGAUGCCACUUAUGAAAAUACCGGCUGCUACAGCUGUAGUAGCAAUACAAACGUUAACUCCAUUCCCUGUCAUUGCUUGCUUUGUCAUUGACUUAAAAAUUAUGAACUCUGAGCUUGGCCGCCUUGCUUUGGCAUCAACGUUGAUCAGUGAUUUAGUAAGUACCGGGAUAUCAACUAUUCUAGCUAACCUGAGAAUUAGACAGAUAGGUUUUGGGACUGCAAAUGUGAUACAUUCUUUUUUCCUAGCCACUGCUUUGCUAUUGAUUAUCAUUUUUAUCAUGCGGCCAAUAUUGUUAUGGAUCAUCAAACAGACACCCGAAGGUAAACCAGUGAAGGGAGUUCACAUCACUUCCAUUUCUUUCUUGGUUCUGGCAAUGGCCAUAAUCAGUGAUAAUGUGGGGCUUCAGUACCACUUCGGUCCUUUCAUACUUGGAUUAUGUGUUCCAUCUGGGCCACCUUUGGGGUCAACACUGGUAGAUAGGUUUGAUACUUUCAUAUCAGGGUUGUUAGCGCCACUUGUAGUGACAAACUGUGGAUUGAAAAUUGAUCUGUUUGAAGUCUUUGAUCUGAAAUUCCUGACAACCAUGUGGUUUAUCAUUGGUGUUAGUUCUUUCACAAAAUUGAUUGUACAUUUUUUCCUGGCAUUGCCUUGCAAAGUGCCUGUCAAAGAUGCUGCUGCUCUUUCCAUCAUUGGAAGUGCCCAGGGAAUCGUCGAAAUGGCUUCAUAUCUGAACAUCUUUGUGAAUCAGGUAAUUGAUAAUACUCGCAGUGAGUUUCUCGGUCCUUACGUUACAAGUUCUGUGUUUGCACGUGGCUGGCGAUCACAUCAACCUUCUUGGAGGACAUAUACAGGAUACCAGAAAAGAGACAUUCUACACACUGCAUAUAAUGCAGAGCUCCGCAUACUGGCAUGCGCCCAUCGACAAGACGAUGCCUUGGCUGCUAUAAAGCUUCUUGAAGUUUCCAGUCCUACCAGACAAAGUCCCAUUGCAGCCUAUGGACUACACCUGAUGGAGCUUGUUGGCCGAGCCUCUCCACUCUUAAUCAACCAUAGGUUGGGCAAAAAGGCUUCUUCACGUGCCUCUCGUUCGCAACAAGUAAUAGACGCCUUUCGGUACUAUGAGCUGCAACAUUCAGGUUUGGUCAGUGUGCAAAUCUUCACUGCAAUGUCACUUCCAAUGUUUAUGCAACAUGACAUUUGUUCGUUGGCCUUUGACAAGUUGGCAUCUCUCAUCAUACUUCCAUUUCAUAGGAAAUGGAAUCAGCAAGGCAAAUUGAUUUUGGAUAACAGUGUUUUGAGGACAAUAAACCUUCAUGUGCUGGACAUGGCUCCUUGUUCUGUAGGCAUUCUUGUUGACCGUCGCAAAUUACACCAGGUAUCAUCUAUUUCAUUGGUGCCAUCAGUAUAUCGUGUGGCUGUAGUUUUCUUGGAAGGUGAUGAUGAUCGGGAGGCACUGGCAUAUGGCAAGCGUAUGGCAAAAUCGUCAGGAGUUCACUUGACAGUUGUUCGACUUCUUUCAAUGGAUGGUUUGGAUGAGGACCAGUGGCAGGUCAUGCUUGAUUCAGAAAUGAUCAGGGAUAUAAGGCUCCGGGUUUCACUCAAGCAAAAUAUAGAGUAUAUAGAAGAAAAGAUGAAAGAUGGGUCAGACACGGCCUCUCUAGUUCGUAAGAUGGAGGGAUCUUUUGACCUUAUCAUAACAGGGCGGCGUCACAGACAGGAUGUGCCACAGCUAUCAGGCCUAACAGAAUGGAUUGAAUUGCCAGAGCUAGGACCAAUUGGAGACAUACUUGCUUCUGCUGAUGUUGAUAAAUCAGUUUCAGUCCUGAUUGUGCAACAACAACUAGUGCAGAUCAAGUGAGGAAGGAUCAAUUGGUUGAUGAAGUGCUAGUUUUGAUCCAAAUAUCGACGUUUAUGUAAAUUCACACAAAAUCCAUAGCACUAACAGCUGUUGAACCCGGUAAUUAUUUGCAAUGAAGGAAAACCAGUCAUUGCAUUUCUUGUUUUGCAUUCACUAUGAAGCUAAUCUUCGUAUAAUUCAAGCUUAGAUGCCUUGACAAAACACAUUCUUGUAAAAUAGUUUCGAUACAAUCUU